CCAGCGAGGCUAGCAGUGGAGUGGACUUCACGCGUUCACGGUGCGGUCGCGGUAUAAGAAAGUGCACGUUCUCUUAUGCGACGAGAAAAAAGCGUACUUGGUCGGCCGCACUUUGAUGCAUGAUUUGUCGUUGCACACGUCGCGUGACUCCCAGUAAUUUUCGCGUCAGUUUGCCGCCGCUAGGUUCAUUGUUAAACGAGGUUCGGCGGCACGCACUCACGGCGCGAUAUAACCGAGGAUGAGCGAAAACGGAGGAGCGGAAAUCUCGGCAGUACCGCAAGCGGGGGAUGGAGCCAGGGCGGAAUUGUUCAAGGAGGAGGCGAACGAGUAUUUCAAAAAUCAAGUGUAUAACAAAGCUAUUGAAUUGUAUACCAAAGCCAUAGAAUUAAAUCCAUCAGUAGCUGUUUAUUACGGCAACAGGAGUAUUUCUUAUCUGAGAACAGAAUGUUUCGGAUAUGCAUUGACGGAUGCAUCUAAAGCUAUCGAGUUAGAUAGAAAUUAUGUGAAGGGUUAUUACCGCAGAGCAGCCGCUUACAUGUCCCUUGGCAGGUUCAAACUGGCUCUUACAGAUUAUAAAACUGUUGUAAAGGCCAGACCUAACGAUAAGGAUGCGAAGGACAGAUUUAUGGAAUGUAGUAAAAUGGUUAAAAUGUUAGCUUUUCAAAAAGCGAUCUCCGUAGAAGAGAAGAAAAAUAUAGCCGAUAUGAUUAAUCUAGAAGCUAUGGCUAUUGAGGAUGAGUACACAGGGCCUAAAUUGGUCGAUGGAAAAGUCACCCUGGAGUUUAUGCAAGACUUAUUAGAGUGGUAUAGGAAUCAAAAUAAAUUACAUCGUAAAUAUGCAUACAAAAUCUUGUUGGACGUUAAAUCGUGGUUUAUGGCACAACCCAGUUUAGUGGACAUUAAAAUCCCAGAAGAUAGCAAAUUCACUAUUUGUGGUGACAUACACGGUCAAUAUUACGACUUGCUUAAUAUAUUUAAGUUGAAUGGAUUGCCAUCGGAGACUAAUCCAUAUUUAUUCAAUGGAGAUUUUGUAGAUAGAGGUUCCUUUUCCGUAGAAUGCAUAUUUACUUUAUUUGGUUUUAAAUUAUUAUACCCAAAUCACUUUUUCAUGUCGAGAGGAAACCACGAGUCAGCAACAAUGAAUCAAAUGUAUGGAUUCGACGGUGAGGUAAAAGCUAAAUACUCAGCUCAGAUGGCGGAAUUGUUCACAGAAGUAUACAAUUGGCUCCCUCUUGCACACUGCCUCAACAAUAGAGUGCUCGUGAUGCACGGUGGGUUGUUUUCGCGGGACGACGUGACGUUGCAAGAAAUCAGGGAAAUUGACAGAAAUAGGCAACCGCCCGACGAAGGAUUAAUGUGCGAAUUGCUGUGGUCAGAUCCGCAACCGCAAAUAGGCCGGGCGCCCAGCAAGAGAGGCGUGGGCGUUCAGUUCGGACCUGACGUCACGCAGAAUUUCCUUAGGAUAAAUAAUCUCGAUUAUGUCGUGAGAAGCCACGAGGUGAAGAACGACGGCUAUGAAGUUGGACAUGACGGAAAGUGUAUCACAGUAUUCUCCGCUCCAAAUUACUGUGAUACUAUGGGUAACCAAGGUGCCUUUAUCACACUUAAUGGCAAAGAUAUGAAACCUUACUUCACGUCAUACGAAGCAAUGCCUCAUCCGAAUGUAAGGCCGAUGGCUUACGCCAAUUCUCUACUAAAGUUCAUGUGCUAGUGGAACACAUCCUAGGUAUUAUUGAUAAAUGAAUAAUAAUAACUGAAAUGCAAGUAGCCCAAUCAAAGUGUGCGUAAUAUAUUUGAUACCGAAACGGAGAAGGUAAGAGACACUUUAGGCUUCUCCGCAAACAAUAAUGAUUGUAUUCUUUCUAGGAGAUCAUGACGAAUCCCCCGCCCUGUAUCAUAAAGUACAUGCAAUCAGAAAUGCAUAAUAUUGAUGGGUACAAAAGCGAGAAAAGUUUGCUUAUUUUUACAAACAAACAAACAAACUUUGUCGAGUUUUUCUUAUCUACAAUAAGAAAAAGGAAAGACGACUCACUAGCGAUUUGUGUUCGUUUAUAAUAAAAUAACGCGAAGAGAACGUUUCUAUUUUGUACCCUCAAUCUAUGUCCACCUUGCUCGUUAAAGAUACUCCCAUUUUUUUUUUAUAUAUAUAUAUUGCGUCCGCGUGCUCGCGCACACAUACACAUAUAUAAAGAGAAGAAAAGAACGUAUUUUGGAGAAAGCUUUUCUCCAAGGUUUUAACUUAUAUAAUUCACUAUUUAUACGAAGCGCACUGAAUUAUUAAAUACAUCGCGACCCUUUUAAUCGAUUCUUUAACGACCAAUGGUGGGGUUCCGAUGAGAUACGAUGUUUAUUAUGAGAAUACAUAAGAUGCAUACUAGCAUAAUUAUGUAGUACAAGGUUCCAGCCAAUCACUACUUGUCACGUUAUUUGUGACGACUUUUUUACAAAUCUAUUGUGAUUGGAAGGACUUCUUUGAUCUAACAUUUUGUUUUUUGUUAAUAAUAAAUAAUGUUUAUAAUGUACAUAGAAAGCGAUAUUUUCUUUUACGCGACGUGCGAAGGUGUGAUGACGCAAUAAAUUAAGAGAACAUUUUAAUCGA